AUGGAAGUGCAGGAGGUGUGCUUCCUCCAGGCUAUCCGCCUCGACCAGGCGAGGGCGAGGGCCUGUGGUGAUCAGACUCUAACUUUUCUGCCGCGAUUUGUGGAAGCUCUUCAGCGCGCCAUGACGGUUGGGCCACAUCCACCGUUGCGGCCCGGCAUUGGCUUUUGCCUCAAGGCCAAAAGCACUGGCACUCCCCCAGGGCGAUGGUUUCUCAACAUGACAAUGCACAAGCUGGUAGAGAUGCCAGUGUCCUACUCUGGCCAGAAGGUCUCGAAGGAAUGGAUUCUGACACAUGGCAUUGCAAACCUACAGGUGCCAUUUGACAUGGGAUCUUUCCGUAAGGUGAAAGGAGAGCGUGCCGAGGGUGCAAAGCAAACCACCUGGUGCUUAGAUGUGGUCUUCCAUCCCCUGAUCGUACAGCUCUUCGUGGACGAUGCCUUCUGCAGCAGCACGGAGUCGUUCCGACCCUUCGUCAUCAACCUCACCCUGAAGCGGAUCGAGGAGAGCUUGAAUGUGAAGCUGGAGACCUCAAGCAUCAAGCUGGUGAAGGACUUCAGAUACAAGGAUGGCGAAGGUGGUGACCCCAACAUCCCAAGGGAGUUCCGUGAGCUUCCUGACGAGAAGGAUUCCUUCGAUGAGGAGCUUCGCACGGAGCAGCCGAAGGAGCCCGAAGAGAUCUUGAUCGAGGACCUGACGCCAGAUGUGAGAAAAGCUCCAGUGCUGAAGAAGGGCUUUUUGAAUGGCGGCAAGUCCAAACUUUAUGGUCCUGAUGGCUCCAAAGAGGGCGUCGUCCCGGAGAAUGCUGGCGACCCGCUGGGAUAUAUUCCAAAGAGAUUGAGAAAUCAGUGCAAGAUCGUGGACACCAGAAGUCCUGAAUACCAGGAGCACCAGAAACAAGCAGAUGCGGCGAAGGAGAACAACCGACAGCAGCAGGAGUUUCGGGACACGCUGCUUACGGACUUGGACAAAUGGGCCAAGAAGAGCACGUCCGACAGAUGGGAAGCAGACCUUCCGGAUGGAACAGAGGUAACCAAAAAGUACAACAACGACUAUUCGCGCUUUGAUCAGAUCCAGGAAGAGCUGGAUGAGCCAGCAGAAGAUACCAGAGACUUUUAUUUUGAUGAGAAAGGCGUGCCUCAAAAGUUGGAUCAGCCAAAGCAGACAGAUGGCUUGCCAUCGCAACCGGCCAUGAAGAAAGGUUUUCUUGAGAACGUAAAGAAGGCCUUGUACCCUGGAAGUGGCGAUGCAAAAACCGCUGCGGAGGCCCUGAAGUCGACGGAUCUGGAGCAGCUGGCGCAGCUCAGUGAGAGCGAAAUCAUGGAGCGCAUUGCCCAGAUGUCGCCUGAAGAGAAGUCAAUGAUGAACGACCUACAAUCUCUGCUGGAGGGUGCUGCUUCCAAGACGGAGAAGCACCCCGAGCCACAGCAAUCUCAGAGUGAUGACAGGCGGGUCGUGGAGUACAAAUUGGAGGCAAUAGAGG